AUGGAAAAUUCAGAGAUCGAAGACGUACCUUCCGCCAAAAGAGCUGCAGAUUCGAUGCCAACUCCUAUCUCGGAGCCAGAUAUCCAAGUGCCCACAGAAGAGGUCUCACACAUCUCUUUGUCCGAAAAGUCACCAGAGAGCUCGAAGAAUGCCGACGCAAUAAUCAAAUAUACUUUAGAUUUAGAUGAUGUCAAAACCGACGAGCGGCUCUUGAUCGGAGAGGAGAACCAUCUCUUCGACCUUACCAUCUUCAAUGGCGACUUUAAACUCGACGAAGAGAAUCACCAGCCCGAGUCAACUCCAAGGCUCACAAUCUUCGAGGUCAUCGUGGUAGCUCAAGGAUAUGUAGAGCAUCUUGAAAACCCAAAGAAAGAAAACCUCAAAAAAUGUAACGAAACCCAAGGAUCUGAUGCCGAAAAAUCUAAAAUUGAGGCACCAAAUUCUCAAACGGUGGAGCUGCCAGUGACCAAAGCUCGAGGGAAAGACUUGGUUAAAAUCACUGAGAUUUUUGAAACAAGAAUACACAUUCAUUCUCAAAGUCUCAUUGAGGUGAUUCGAGAGGUGGUUGAUUAUUAUCCAAGUCAAAACCUCGAUGGGCGAGUUGUAAUCAUCCAAAAGCCUUAUUGGGUAUUGAUUCAUCAUGAGAAAGAGCUUCACGAGAAGCAUACUCAAUUGACAGAGCAACUGGAAUGCACUGAAGCUGAUAAAGAGAAAGCAGAACAUCUCAAAGCUCUUCUUGAUUUCAUUAAGCCACAAUCAAUGAAAUUGCUUCAGCCAAUCCUACCUCUAUUGAAAAAUAAAGUUCCGACAGUGAGCUUUGAUGGACUUCGAUAUCUUCUCAAGCCAGGAACACUUGCUUAUUAUAAGUUCGACAAUGAGUGGAUUGGUUGUAUCAUACUGCGAGUUAAUCCCGAGGCGAAGAGGAAGUCUUCCAAGAUAACUAACUGGAACGUCUCUGUCUGGUAUCUUGAAUGGUCUUAUCACGCUUAUCGGAUUGAAACACCAUUCGAAAUUGGUAGUUUCGAAGGGGAACGUGAUAUUACCUCCCUGAAAGUAAUACCAAGAGAGUAUUGGGAUGCAAAUGACAAUAACGCUAGACGCAAAAAAUUCGAGGAUCGAGGUCUGAAGAAAAUGACUUUGCUCAAGAGUGGACAUAAGCAGAUGGAUUACAAGGGGAAGACUGCGGAAGAGGAGGAACGACAGUAUCAUGGCAGAAUUAUCGUCGAUGAGAUCUUCAGGGGCUUGCAAUGA